GGGUGCGAUCUGUGGGACUGCGGCUUUUAGAAACAGACACAAGAGGAGAGGGGCUUCAUUCUCAGUCCAAAGCUUCGCUCAGGCACAGCCCCGUUUCGGAGGUUGAGGGUGGACGCGCUGCUCUGUCUCCGCCAUGUCCAUGUUGUUGUUGUCAUCUCCGCCCCUUAUCUGACUGAAGCGCAGAGCCCCGCCAGUCCAGCACGCUGUCAGAGGAGAGAGGGGGAAUUUCUCCUUUUUUUUUCUCCUUUCCUUCUUCUUCUUCUGAGUGGAGGCUCAGAGCUAUAUACCGGCUUGUUUGGUUUUUCCUCACGAUGUCCUCCAAACACGCAGAGUGACACGAGUUUUUAAGCCAAAUGUUGCUGCAGCCGGCGCGCUCUGCACACGCGUGGGUCAUGCGCUGCACCUGACAGACUUUCUUCCAUACUUUUUUUUUUUUUUUUUUUUUUGUUUGUUUGUUUGUAAAAGGAGAACUUAACAAGAAGAAGAAGAAGUUGAAGAGCACCCGCGGACUCCUUCCAACACGGACUGUUAACACCAAAACAAAUUUAUAUUUCUUUUUUUAUUCGUUUAAAGCUGCACCACAAAGGCGAAACGGCGACCUCAGUCGAUUACCUUUCUUUCCUUUGCUAUCCCAUGGAUAUUCACUGCAAAGCAGACCCCUUCUCGGCGAUGCACCUAUCCCACGCAGGGCACGGCGGUGUGAACCAGCUCGGCGGGGUGUUUGUGAACGGCAGACCCCUCCCGGACGUGGUGCGGCAGCGGAUAGUGGAGCUGGCCCACCAGGGCGUCCGGCCCUGCGACAUCUCCCGACAGCUACGGGUCAGUCACGGCUGUGUCAGCAAAAUCCUCGGCAGCUAUCAGAAGGCAUUUCAGAGGUACUACGAGACCGGCAGUAUUAAACCGGGAGUCAUCGGGGGGUCCAAACCAAAGGUCGCAACGCCGAAAGUGGUGGAUAAAAUCGCGGAGUACAAGCGCCAGAAUCCCACAAUGUUUGCGUGGGAGAUCAGAGACCGACUCCUGGCGGAGGGGGUCUGCGACAACGACACAGUACCCAGUGUUUCAUCCAUCAACAGGAUUAUCCGCACCAAAGUCCAGCAGCAAUUCCACCCGUCCCCUGAUGGAUCCGUCACGCCGCUCUCCACACCCGGCCACACCAUAGUGCCCAGCACAGCCUCGCCUCCCGUGACCAGUGCCUCCAACAAUCCCGUAGGAUCCUACUCCAUCAACGGCAUUCUGGGUAUUCCCCGCUCCAACGGCGAGAAAAGGAAACGGGAUGAUGUUCUCUGGAGUGGCAACCACUUGGAUGGAAGGAAAAUAGGACAUUAUGGCUCAGAUGGCUCAGGCCCUGGCAGUGACUCUCAGGGCAGCGUGGAGAGUUUAAGGAAACAUCUGCGAGCAGACGCCUUCACCCAGCAACAGCUGGAAGCCCUGGAUCGCGUGUUCGAACGGCCUUCUUACCCUGAUGUCUUCCCCACUUCAGAACACAUCAAACCAGAGCAGGCGAACGAGUACUCCCUCCCGUCCCUGAAUGCCAGCCUGGAAGAUGUGAAGCCCAGCCUCUCCACCAGUGCCAGCUCCGACCUCGCUUCCAGUGUCUCGCAGAGCUACUCUGUUGUGACAGACUCUCACCCGUCAUAUCCGCCUUCCAUGUGUGUAAAGCGGGAGCCCCAUGAGGCGUCCUUUGCCCCCUUCACCCCCUCCUCUGUUGGGGAUUCUGCUCUAGCUGACAUCUUACCCCACCAGUCCAGCCUCUCUGUAGAAGCCUCCACUCCCAGCUACCUUCCCCAUGCCCACGGCCCCUGCUACAGCCAGUAUGCCAGCCAACUCUUUAUAGCAGGUCGAGAAAUGGCGAGCACCACUUUACCUGGCUACCCACCCCAUGUCCCCCCCACAGGACAAGGCAGCUACCCCACCUCCACACUUGCAGGCAUGGUUCCUGGGGGUGAUUUUUCUGGAAACCCUUAUUCUCAUCCCCAAUACACAACCUACAAUGAGGCUUGGAGGUUCAGUAAUCCAGCGUUACUGAGUUCCCCUUAUUAUUAUAGUGCCGCAUCCCGUGGCUCCGCGCCUCCCGCUGCUGCCACUGCCUAUGACCGCCACUAGUCACCCCGGAGACCAGCUCAAACUGCAGGGCCGGAGCUUCAACCUCCACGUUGUUCCUGUCUGAGAAACACUGGGACCUCUUCAUCUUACGCGAUAAGGACGAAGGACGAACGAGGCUGGAGCCGGCGCACCCAGCUCUAGCUUUUACGCAUUUUGGGUCAGAGCAAGGGGGGGGGGGAAAUCCUGAAGGAGUUUGGAGCCUGUAAAUUCCUCACAGGCUUGAACAUUUCCAGAAUGACUUCAACAGAAUCUAUAAAUAUAUAUAUUAUCAAAUAUAAACUGAAGAAAAAAAAAACGUGUGAAGAAUACCAUGUGGAAAAAUGUU